UGUAAUAAAAUAGAAAGCAAUAAACCAGUGGAGUGCUUUGCUAUAGAUCAAGACAACAUUUUCGUCAUAAAGAAAACAUAAUAAACGGCUGUCACGAAAUUGUGAGCAGGUAAACAUCUACAAUCUGUUGCCAUGGCAAAAACAACUCACAUAGCUAUUGUUUCAAGCCCUGGUUUUGGCCACAUAGUUCCAAUAAUUGAGUUCAGCAAGCGACUUGUGAAGCUUCACCCAAAUUUUCAAGUGACCUGCAUCAUUCCUUCACUUGAGUCAUCCACAGAAUCCUGCAAAGCCUACCUUAAAACCCUUCCUUCAUUCAUAGACUUCAUCUUUCUUCCUCCAGUUAGCAUAGAACAAUUAUCCCAAGGAGGAUACAUUGGACAGCUAAUUCAACUCACUAUUUCUCAUUCUCUGCCAUCAAUACAUGAGGUGCUGAAAUCCUUGUUCUCUAAAGUCCCUUUAACUGCGUUGGUGGUAGAUGUUCUUGCACUUCAAGCAUUGGAAUUUGCUAAGGAAUUCAAUGCCCUGUCCUAUUUUUACUUCCCUAGUUCAGCUAUGGUAUUGUCACUGCUUCUACACAUGUCAAAACUUGAUGAGGAGGUUUCAAGUGCGUACAAGGAUCUAACAGAACCUAUAAGGUUACCAGGUUGUGUACCAUUCAUGGGGAGUGAUCUUCCGGAUCCAUCCCAUGAUCGAUCUAGUGAAUUUUACAAGCAUUUUGUUGAAGAUACCAAGGCAAUGGUAACUACUGAUGGGAUCUUGAUCAACACCUUCUUAGAAAUGGAAUCAGGUGCUGUAAGAGCAUUGGAAGAGUUUGGAAAUGGAAAGAUCAGAUUGUACCCAGUUGGACCCAUUACACAAAAAGGGUCAAGCAGUGAAGUUGACGAGUCUGAUAAGUGUUUAAAAUGGUUGGACAAGCAGCCACCUAGUUCAGUGUUGUAUGUUUCUUUCGGAAGUGGUGGAACACUCUCUCAGAACCAAAUCAAUGAGUUAGCUUCGGGUUUGGAAUUGAGUGGUCAAAGGUUCUUGUGGGUUUUGAGAGCACCAAGUGAAUCAGUUAGUGCUGCAUACCUUGAGGCUGCAAAUGAGGACCCUUUGAAAUUUUUACCAAGUGGGUUUUUAGAAAGGACAAAGGAGAAAGGUUUGGUUGUGCCAUCAUGGGCACCUCAGGUUCAGGUUCUUAGUCACAAUUCAGUUGGAGGGUUCCUAAGCCAUUGUGGUUGGAACUCAACUCUGGAGAGUGUCCAAGAAGGAGUGCCUAUUAUAACAUGGCCACUCUUUGCUGAGCAGAGGAUGAAUGCAGUGAUGUUAACCGAUGGUCUUAAAGUGGCAUUGAGGCCAAAAUUUAACGAAGAUGGCAUAAUUGAGAAGGAGGAAAUUGCAAAGGUUGUAAAGUGUUUGAUGGAAGGAGAGGAAGGUAAAGGAAUGCGUGAAAGAUUGAGGAAUUUAAAAGAUUCUGCUGCUAAUGCACUGAAACACGGUUCUUCAACACAAACUCUGUCUCAGUUGGCUAAUCAUUGGGAGAAUUUGACUAAAGUUUAGGAAAAUUGUUUUUUCUUAAGUUGUUUUACGUAGUUGUAUUUUGUGUGCUUGUCUUAAUUUUUCUUUGUGGGGGUGACGUGGUGAAUGAUGAUUGUGGUUUCGGAGAUAUAGGUUAUCUUUGACACCUGCCAGACACAUGUUAAAAUGUUAAUUGAUUUUCAAUUUGAAUUUUACAUUUGACUAUGUAAGAGUUCAUAUUGUAGAGCGUGUUUAUAUGUUGUUUA